AUGGCCCAAACUCGCCGCAAACCCGUUCCCAACAAGCACAUGCAACCACACCCCCCAGCCCCAGCCCACCUGCGCGGGAAUCAACCUCGCGCAGCACCGCAGAUGCAAUAUCGGCCACAGCACCACAAUGGCUCCAGCCCACAGCUUGCCCACCUCAGAAACCAGCAGAAUGUCCAAGGCCGGCAAAUCGCCCGCAACAGCGCUCAGAUAAACCAGCAUUCUGCGGCGUUGCAACACCAGGCUGCCAAUCAGCAUCGCCAGAGUAAUGCGCAGCAAAAGCAAAUGGCCAAGCAAAAUGCUCAGAUGCAGCAGCAAAUGGCAAAGAGCAAUGCUGCGAUGCAAAAACAGAUGGCCAAGCAGAAUGCAGCGAUGAAGCAGCAGAAUGCCCGGAUGGGUCAUGAGCUGCAGGCUAUGAAGCGCCAGCAACAGCAGCAACAGAAGCAGGGGAACAAGAAGAAGGUUUUGGCAGGUGCUGCGGCCGGAGCGGCUGUGGGUGCUGGUGGCGCCAUGUUGGUGGAGGAGUGGUACGAAGAGAGGUGGAUUCAUGAGCAGGUUCAGAGGGAGGAGCGAGAGGAAAGCGACGAUGAAGAGAGUGACGGGGGCCAAGACCAGUAUAGCAGCGAAUCUGAGCAUAGCAAUGGUGGGGGUUAUUGGCCUGAAGAGAAUACCCAGGAGACCAGGGGAAAUAGUGGCGACGAUGAUGGCUGCAAGGUCGGGCUGCAGACGCGUCGGGACGGAAGCAUGGGUGAAAGGGGCCUUGAUGAGGCCGAGUCCAAAGAGGGAUUGGUCCCUGUCAAAGCUGGUCCCACAGGCCUCGUACUGGUUAUGGAGGACAACGGCUGCCCGCGCAUGAUCCUAGCCAAUAUACCACAUCCUGCACCUUUACCGCAGCCAUCGUACAACGGAUACGAGACGCUCAGGGUUAAGUAUAACUUUGACGUUACCGAUCUCGCUAGCUUUACAGAUGUAGACCUCGGCAAAAUUGCUUACCUGUCGCUGAGAGACCAACCAGCCCGCCUCGUUAGCCUUUUGCACAAGCGAUCAUCAUCCUUUCUGUCCUAUCUUCCAAGUCGAUAUGGGUCUAACCAAUGUCUUGAUGAUGCAAUACAUUGCGUGGCUGCUCGAGCCGGUCAAAUGCUUGGCUUCCCAACUCGUGCAUCGACGCUACCUGCGUUAUACGUAAAGGCUCUGAACAGCCUUCAGGCUGCGAUUGAGGAUAAAACGCAGUACCUGGAAGCGGAUGUCUACUGCGCAACAAGACUUCUAGCCAUUUACGAGUUAAUUGGCCUGCCUGACGCAAAUCACUGGAUCCACCAUAACCGGGGCGGAAUUAAACUAGUCGAGCUUAGGGGGCCCGAGAACCAUAAAUCUGAGUUUGACUGGUUGCUUUUGAGAAGCCAAGGUCCAUCCAUUGUUCGUCCCCUUCUCUCCCUCCGCGUUCUGGUAGACGAAAUGUAUCGGAAGCAAGCCUCAAUAUUCGAAGAUUUGGGGUGGCAGCGGUUCUUCGCACAUGCAUCCAAGGCAGAAACGGACGCUGACUCCAGUCUCUGGUGGGAAUUCUUCGGGGCAAUCAGUUUCAUGCCGGGUAUAUUGAGAGAUAUGAGGGUUUUAUUCAGCAAUACACUAGGACACUCCCAAUACCUGGCGAAGAGCUGGAAUAUCCUUGAGCGAACGAACAAAAUGCACACAACAUUGCAUGAGAGCCACAUUCGCUACCAACAGAGGCCGCCAUAUCCACCUUCUCUCUUUGACCUCCCAGUGUGCGCCGAAUCUACUGUUCGAGUCAGACUUCGCGGAUUCCUGCUAUAUGUCAUCAUGUAUAUAAGCCGCGUUACAGCAACUCUUUCUCCGGAUGAGGCAGAGUGUGCUGUUAGUGAAGCAGAGGCACAGGCCUUCGCAACGCAGGCCCUGCUCACCGAGAAAAUGACGGCACAGCUGGAUCCCACUAUGACUUGGCAUUUGGAGCAGCGGAAUGCUCUUGCUCAUUCUAUCAUACAAACAAGAGAUAAAUGGGCAUCUCCUCUACCAUAUCGCUUGCCGUGGGAAGAGCGAAAAUGCUACCUGGCACAACGGUGGCUAGAGUGGGAGGACUCGUGGAGAGAUGGGGUUUUGACAGUAGAGUUGGAAGAGGCCUGA